UUAUACCUUCAGCAUGGGAAUAAAAAGCGGAUAGAAUAGAAUAAUCGGAUGGAUGAUUUGGCCAACUAAAUGCUCCUAAACCUACAAGAAGGGGGAUAGAGAGCCCCAUCAUGUCCAGCUCGCUCCUAUGGGCAGUGGACGUGUACGGGAAGGUGUACAGCCUAUCCACCACCAGAGGGCGCUGGGAGCGUGACGAGGACACCCUCCUGGAGCUAAAGCGCAUUACCGCUGGACAGAGGUGCAGCUGGGGAAUUGGCUGCGACCACCAUGUUUACCUCAAUAUCGACCCUGGGGAGGUGCCCAUUCGCUAUCGGGAGGAAACCUAUGAGAACCAGAGGUGGAACCCAGUGGAUGGCUUCACUGACGUGUUGCUGCCCACCGACCGCUGGGCCUGGAGUGACCUCACAGGGGUGACCGCCCAGCCACUGCACAGCUUCCAUUUGCCCUCAGACAGCUGGGAGUGGGAGGGGGAUUGGUACGUGGACCAGGUCUGCGCUGGAGGAGACCCUACUGAGACCGGGGGCUGGGAGUAUGCAGUGGACUUUCCUGCUAACUUCUCCAGAGAGAAGAAGUGGAACUCGUGUGUUUGUCGUAGGCGAUGGAUUAGAGACAGGAGAUACAAAGCCAGAGGCUCUUGGACCAAGAUCCCCUUGGACCACCCCAAGCGGCCCCCUCUCCCCCUCAGUGACAUCAGCUGUGGAGGUUGGGAGAUGAGCGACCAACCCGGGCGAUAUCACUUCCUGUGGGGUGUGUCCCAACAAGGACAGGUGUGGUUCAGGAGUGGCAUCCUGCCGCAAGUCCCAGAGGGCCAGUGCUGGGAGGAGGUGGAGGCCCCCCGGGAGGUGGCCCAGAUCUCUGCCGGACCAGGGGACUUGCUCUGGGCUGUACUCUGGGACGGACAGCUACUGGUCCGCACAGGCAUCUGCCUGGACAGUCCUACAGGUUCUUCCUGGGUGGUGGUGGAUUCUCCCCCAGUAAAGGAGGGCGGAGCCAUCCAUGUUGGUGUGGGGGUCAGCGUGGUGUGGGCCAUCACUAAGGACUACAAAGUGUGGUUUCGGCGGGGGGUGAACUCCCAUAACCCCUGUGGCUCAGGAUGGAUCAGCAUCGGAGGGGAGAUGAUGAUGGUGGAUGUGGGACUCAAUGACCAGGUGUGGGGAGUUGGAGAGGACCGUGGGCUGUACUUCAGGAAGGGUGUCACCCCAUCGGAGCCCAGUGGGAGGGGCUGGAUACCUGUUUCUGCCAAAUGGGGUCAUAGCAAAGAGAUGGUCCAACCCAGUGCUGGCUAUGAGUUCGGGGGACAGGUGACCAAGGCUUCCCAGGGCUCUGUUCUGACCUGCGAGGACUCAGGGGACACAGAGCCCCUCCUCACCGCCACCCCAGGGCCACGGGACACCCCCAAACCCUUCAUCCCCACCAGCGAAAGCUUUAUCUCCAGCCUGGUGGCUGACCGCGAGCCCCUGAGAACCCCCACACCCACACCCAAAAAGCCACCCCAGGGGAAGGAUGGCGAGGUCACCCCAGCCCCCAUGUGCAAUGUGGACCUGGAAGCAGCUCAGAGCCCCCAGGGAGAGGCAUCUUCUCUAGGCAGGGCAGGGGAUGUGGGACCCUCCACCUCGGUGGCCACCUACCCCCUGGGUCUGGAGCCCUGUCUGGGUUUGGGGGAGGAGGACGGGCCAGUAUGGGCCUGGAUCUCUGGCGGAGGCUGCGAUGUGGACCAUACAGCUCAGAUGAGCUGGCUCAGCCCUGCAGACCCAUGCUCCACUGCCCUGUCCAUCGCCCCUGUUGAACCAGAAGCCUCCACGGCUAGGAAGGCAGAGAACACCACCACCAGCAAGGAGCCAGUGGAGAGGAGCGCGUCUGUGUGGGUGAGGAAGGGCAGCAUGCGCUGGUGGAGGGACUGGAAGCCCUAUCGCUGGGUGGAUGUGGGCGUGGCCCUGGAGCAAUCCACCAACGGCAACGGCAAGAGGGAUGCCAUCUUCUUCAUCUACUUCACCCAGUAUGACGAGAAGAAGUACCUCCAUGUGUUUAUAAGUGACGUGACGGUGCUGGUUCCUGUGCUCAGGGAAAACUCCCAUCAUGCCUUUGCGGUGUACACGUCAGAUAGUACGAAACAAAGAUGGCCGCUGGUCCUGGCUGCACAGACCGAGAAGGACAUGGCUGACUGGCUGUCCCUGUUGGCUGGGUGCUGCUGUGAGGCCAGAGGGAUCAGCGGAACCCCCUCCCGACAGGCCCUGUGGUCAGUCACCUCCAAGGGGGACGUGAUGGUACAUGAGCCCUCUCCCUUUCUGGAGGCCCCGGCACACACCUUGCCCUGUGACAUGAUGUUUUGGCUGCAGGUCCCGGGCCACCUGCGCUGUGUAGAGUCUAACAGUCUGAGUGUGGUGUGGGGGAUCGGGUGUGACGGCACCGCCUGGGUCUACUCUGGCUCGGGCAGCGCUGCUGGGGAAGAGCCCCCUCAGGGAGACACGGGUAGCCUGCACACACAGACAGAUGUAAGGACUGUGUACAUCUAUGAGAACCAGCGAUGGAACCCCAUGACCGGAUACACAGACAAGCUUCUCCCCACAGACCGGUUCCCGUGGAGUGAUGACAACGGCUUUACAGAGUGCACCAAGUCCACCACCCACCCACCCUCGCCUCAGUGGAGCUGGGUGACAGAGUGGGCAGUCGACUUCGCUUUCUCAGGAGGGACAGACAAAGAAGGAUGGCAGUAUGCAGCAGACUUCCCUGUGACGUUUCAUGGCAACAAGAGCCUGAAGGACUUUGUCAGACGUAGGCGCUGGUUCAGGAAGUGUAAAAUCACCCUGACUGCCCCGUGGCAGGAAGUCCCGCCCAUCCCCCUGAGUGACAUCACAGUGUUGCCGUGCCUGGCUCAGAGCAGUAUGGAGCAGGUCCCAGUCUGGGGCCUCAGUGACAAGGGGGACGUCCUGUGUCGCCUGGGGGUCACCCCCCAAAACCCUGCGGGUUCCUCGUGGCUCCACGUGGGUACUGACCAGCCCUUCAAGUCCAUCUCCAUCGGGGGUGGUCACCAGGUGUGGGCCAUCGCCAGGGACAGAGCCGUGUUCUACAGGGGCUCAGUGUCCGCCAGCAACCCUGCAGGAGAGUGUUGGUACCACAUCCCCUCCCCGCCCAGACAGAGCCUCAGACAGCUGUCUGUAGGGAGAACCUCUGUCUACGCUGUGGACGAAAACAGUAACCUGUGGUACAGACAGGGCCUGACUCCCAGCUACCCCCAGGGCUCAGCCUGGGAGCUCAUCUCCAACAACGUGACUAAAGUCUCAGUAGGACCUCUAGACCAGGUGUGGGUGAUAGCAGACUGGGUCCCAGGCUGCCCCAGUGAGCUGUCUGUCCAUGGAGCUGUCUGUCACAGGCUGGGGGUGGGACCCAUGCAGCCCAAGGGCCAAUCCUGGGACUACGGCAUCGGGGGAGGAUGGGAACACAUCAGUGUGAGAGGGAACUCCACAGAGGUUCUGCGUGCCCCCCACCCUGCCACCCCGGCCCUUACUGGCACCACCCCCCGUAGCCCACUCCCUGCCAGGCCGGCCCUUACUGACACCACCCCCCAUAGCCCACUCCCUGCCAGGCCGGCCCUUACUGACACCACCCCCUGUAGUCCACUCCCUGCCAGGCCAGCCCUUACUGACACCACCCCCCAUAGCCCACUCCCUGCCAGGAUACCUUUGUCACAGGAGAACGGGAACGCUGUGGGUCUGUAGGGCCCCUACUAACCCAACCCGUUCCUCCAGCUCUACUCACAGCCCUGUGUGUGCCUGGUUCCAUUUCCAACCCUGGUUGCACAUUUUUGCUCCAACCCAGCACAAACAUGGUAACGUUGGUCUAAAUGGAAAGACCAUGAUUUAGUUGGAUAUUUAAAUCAGUUAGUGCUAGGCUGAAACAUGUGCUACCAAUGCAAGUUGGCCACCUUUGACCGAGACCAUCCCUUCAGUGUUCAUAUGUCUGAAAGCAGUAGACGUAUUAGAGCUUCUGUCAGUUCAUCCAGUCCAUUAAGGUCUGUGAACAUUAGUGGCAGGUGCUAGGAGAAGUUGCUAGGGUGAGAAAUGGAACCGAGUCCUCGGCAUGCCUGUGUCCCAUACCAGGGUUCUGUACCAACACACUGACUGCCUACUCCACUCCCUUGGACCUCACAGUAUAGUCUUGCUUUGUAUGAUUUUGUUUUGUUGACGUUGUUUUUGCUUUCUCAUUUGCCUAGUUGACAAACAGUACUUUUUCAUCAAGGUCUGUGUGCUUUGGAAUUAUUUAUUUUAUAGCUUUUUGGCUGUCAUCUUGGUUUAUUUAUGUUUUGGGCUGCAUGAUGUUUGGAAUGUAGUGGUUGAAGUAGCUUUUUUUUCUUCAGAACAAAAAAUAUCAAUUCUAGCAAUAGCUCUGAGCUUCCAUGACAACAAGGAUUAUUUUAAGAACAUCACUGUCAAUUUACCACCAGUUCUUUCCUAAGAUGGUAAAAACAUCAAGGGUAGUAAAUAAUACAGAAUGAAUAGCAUCUAUUUGCUGUGUUAGGGAUUGUUAACAUCCAGAAUGUUAUGAAUAGGAGUGCUUCCUGUUCAGGUCACAUGAUCAGCAGAAACUCCAGGCUCUAGUUUUGACUUAUCCCUGGUGGAUUCGUUUUCAGUGUUUGUUACUUCAGUAUUCCAUGCAGAUACGGAGACCGGUAUUCAAACAAACAGCACUGUACCUACAUCACUACACUUCACUUUAAAGGCAAUUUCCUGGAUGUUUGGCGAUCACAUUUGCGGUGAUGUCAGCUCAAGUGUAAACUACCUUAAAGUGCUGCGUAAUGUCUGCGCACUGCUGUUUUUGUUUGAAUUCCUGUCUGAGUUUGCUGUGGCCUUGACUGUUGAAGCUGUGAAUACAGCAGGUUUGAAUGUUAUGGAUGUUCUCUUACAAGGACAGACAACUGUGAAAUAAAUUUCAAAACAGCUCUGCAACCUUGGGUGUUCUCUUUGUAUGGGCCUGGAGUUUCAAUGUGUUAUCACUUGAGAGUUAAAGGAUCACUUUAGUGUAGUGAAAU